AUGAACGCUCUGGAGGGCCAGCAGCCCCUCAGCGCUCGCGACCUGCUGGACGCGGCGACCACCUUCUGCGACAACCGGAGCCUCUUCCCGACCUCUCAGGCGCCGAGGGCUCCGCACCACGGCGGCUACGGCCUGGGGGACUCGGGCGGCGGCGGCCCUUACCUGUGGCUAAAUGGCGCGCCUGUCGCGCCCAGCCCGUACCUGGCCGGUCCCAACGGUGCGGCCGGGUCCUUCAUGCCCUCGGCGGCCUAUGGGGCGGGCGCCAGGCAGCUACUGGCCGCCCAAGCGGCGGCUGGACCCGACCUCAGCUGGCUGUCCCUGGCCGGCCAGCAGGACUUCUUCAAGCUGGUGCGGCCGCCCUACUCGUACUCGGCGCUGAUCGCCAUGGCCAUCCAGAGCGCGCCGGCCAAGAGGCUCACCUUGAGCCAGAUCUAUCAGUACGUGGCCGGCAACUUCCCCUUCUACAAGAAGAGCAAAGCCGGCUGGCAGAACUCCAUCCGCCACAACCUCUCCCUCAACGACUGCUUCAAGAAGGUGCCGCGGCUGGAGGACGAUCCAGGUAAAGGGAAUUACUGGACCCUGGAUCCUAACUGUGAGAAGAUGUUUGAUAAUGGCAACUUCAGAAGGAAGAGGAAAAGACGAUCUGAUGCAGCUAGUGGGCAUGGAGGCUAUAACAAAGUGGAGGACAAAAGCAACAGUUGCCUUGUUCAGCAAGCCACUGAACCUUGCAGCUUGGGCUCUGGUGAGCUGCAGUGCUCUCCAAGAUCUACGAAUGACUGCAAAUCCCCCAGCCUGGACUCUAGCCAUUGUUUCUCCACAUUCGUCUCGACCAUGAAUGUCAUGGCCCAUGGCCGGAAUGGUUUCCCCAGACAGCUUUCUGCUGGGCCACUAUCUGAAUUCACACCCAGGAGGCAAAAUGCGCCCAAUUUGAACUCCAGCUCUCCUUCUACUGGCAACCCAGCUUCAGCGUUUGAACUCAGUUCUCAGUCCCAGUCCAAGAUGAAUUACUAUGCAGGUGCUGGUGGGCAGUCAAGCUGGCUCAACAGUCCUGUCCUCAGCACAUUUAGUGUGAACAAUCUGAUUUAUAGCAGAGAAGGGACAGAAGUUUAA